GAGGACCCGCCCCGGCCCCGCGGAGCGCAGCGCGGGCACGGCGCGGCCCCGGCCUCGGCUCUUAUUGUGAAAGGAUGAUGUGAGGCUGCUCUCACCUCCGAGCCAUCACUGCCUCCUGCUCGCCACCCGGGCACCGCUACCUGUGCCUGUGCUCCGAGCCGAUGCCCCCCGCCCGCCGGAAUAUGUUAGCCGAAAUCCUUUUGUCGGCCGCCAGCCUCCUGCUCGCCCACCUGCAGCAUUUCCUCCUCGCCUUGAUGCAAUUCAUUCCAGGUUUCAAGAAUUACCUGCCCAGCCCACCCAAGGAGCAAACCCUCUGCCACAGGCCCAGGGGGCUGCAAUGCAUCUCGCCCUUGGUGCAGAGCGUGGAAGAGACACCCGAGCCCAUCCCAGCCAAGAUUAAAGGACACAUUCCCAAAUGGAUUAAUGGAAAUCUACUGAGGAACGGCCCGGGCAAGUUCGAGUUUGGUAAUGACAAGUUUAACCACUGGUUCGAUGGCAUGGCCUUGCUGCACCAGUUCCAGCUGGCCCAUGGCACUGUCACCUACCGGAGCAGGUUCCUGCAGAGCAGCUCCUACCUGACCAACAGCCAGCACAACCGCAUUGUGGCCUCGGAAUUYGGCACCUUGGCCAUGCCAGACCCCUGCAAAAGCAUCUUUGGGCGCUUCCUGUCCCGCUUUGAGCCGCCACAGCCCAGCGACAAUGCCAACGUGAACUAUGUGUUGUACAAAGGGGAUUACUACGUCAGCAACGAGAACAUCUUCAUGCACAAGGUGGACCCAGAAACGCUGGAAACGAAGGAAAAGGUGGAUUGGAGCAAGUUCAUCGCAGUCAAUGGGGCCACUGCUCAUCCCCACUAUGAGUCUGAUGGGACAACCUACAACAUGGGCAAUUCCUAUGGCAAGCAYGGGUCCAGCUACAACAUCAUCAGGGUGCCCCCACAGGGCUCCAGCCCUGGGGACAUGCUGGAAGGAGCCCAAGUGCUCUGCUCCAUCCCCCCCAGGGACAGGGCAAAGCCAUCCUACUACCACAGCUUUGGAAUGACUGAGAACUACAUCAUUUUCAUCGAGCAGCCCCUCAGGCUGAACCUGCUGAAGAUCAUCACCUCCAAACUCCGUGGAAAAGCCAUUUUUGAUGGGAUAAAUUGGGAGCCUCAGCACAACACCUACUUCCACGUGGUGAACAAGCACACUGGGGAGGCGCUGCCAGGGCAGUGGUGCUCCAAACCCUUCGUCACCUUCCACCAAAUCAACGCUUUCGAGGAGCGGGGCUGCGUGGUGCUGGAUCUGUGCUGCCAGGACGAUGGCACCAGCCUGGCCCUGUACACCCUGCAGAACCUGAGGAGGAGYGGGGAAGGGCUGGACCAGGUUUAUGCUGCAGUCCCCAGAGCUUUCCCUCGCCGCUUUGUUCUCCCUCUGGACGUGGAUUCAGACACCCCCGUGGGGAAAAACCUGAACCCACUGCCCCAUUCCCUGGCAAGGGCUGUGAAGGACGCAGAUGGGAAGGUCUGGUGCACACAUGAAAAUCUCCACCCUGAGGGAUUUGAGAAGGUUGGGGGCCUGGAGUUCCCCCAGAUCAACUACRGCCGCUACAACGGCAGGAGGUACCGCUACUUCUACGGCUGCGGCUUCGGGCACUUGGUGGGAGAUUCCUUGAUCAAGGUGGAUGUGGAGACCAAGGAUUUCAAGAUGUGGAAGGAGGAGGGAUCCUACCCGUCAGAGCCCGUGUUUGUGCCAGUGCCUAACGCCACGGCGGAGGACAGCGGAGUCAUCCUGUCUGUGGUGGUGUCCCCUGCUGAGAACCAAAGUGCUUUCCUGCUUGUCCUGGAUGCCGAGACCUUCCAGGAGCUGGGCCGAGCAGAGGUCGGGGUGCCAAUGCCUUACGGAUUCCACGGCAUCUUCACUGCCCACUGAGGAACUCCUGGGCACCUCCUGGGACUCAGAAAAAACCUCUGCUGCUUUCACCUCCCACAUUUCCAUCACUUCUGGGAUGAAGGARCUGUUUUUCUCUACCAUAACUUCCUGUGUUCCUAAUGAAAACAGCCAGGGAAGGCAGAGGCCCUUCACUCCCACAGCUUCAUCUCCAUUUUUUUACCAUCUUGCUAGCCCAGCUGUAGCAGAGCUCACAGAGAGUGCCAGGUCCAGGCCUGCAAGGCAGAAAAUGGCAGCUGAGGUGAGCAUCCCCUUCCUGUGGCAGCUCUGAGGGGCAGAGGACAGCGACACUCGGGGCUGUGACUUCAGCUGGAGUUUGUAAAGCAGGAGAGAGGAGGGAGAACCCCCAGAUGGGCGCAGUGAAGGGGUGCAGUUUCCCCCAGGAAAACAUCGGGGCUGCCCUCAGUGGCUGCAGACCCCACAGGAGCUGUGCUUGUGCUUUUCUCUGUACACCAUAGCAGUGCCCGCCAAUAAAACCUUGGGAAGCUCUUCCUUUCUUUCCCUGCCCUCUCGUGGUCUCAUGGAUGUGCAGGACACAUCUCCUGAGCUCUGCUGGCCAGCAGCUCCUGCUCUCCUCCCAGUUCAACCAGUAGUGAACACGGAGAGCUCCACCACGGCCUUGGUACCCCUUUGGGGUGRAGCAGAGCAGAACAAACCCCAGCCCCCUGUGCCAUCCAGGCUUCUCCAGCUGCUGAACUCAGGGGUGCAGGGGGGUGGGUGGAAAGUGAAGAUUUCCAGGGGUUCCAUUUCUUCAUUGUGAGAAGCCUGAWGAAGUUUUUGCAUCAAUUCCUCGAGAUAAAAACGAGCCCUUUUGCCUGAAACACUUUAUCUC